CAUUCAUCAUCGACGACGACGACGACAGAGGAAACGCAACGCAAAGCAGCCAUGAGUGCCUCACAAUCGACGGCACCAGACUCGCCCAGCACGACGCCGGAAGCAGACAGGGACUCGGGCGGUGCGACGACGGUGCAUGCCAUUGCCAGCCCGUCGAAGAAGCGGGGCGUGGCGAGCAACGGCGUCGUAGCAGCAGCAGCAAGAGGAGCUGCUCCGGCGGGGGCAGACGAUAACGACAUCGUCGACGACGAUGAGGAAGAAGACGAGAACAUCGGGCCGGAGUCGAUGUCAUCGAGGCGCGACGAGGAUGUGUUUGAAGACGACGAGGUCAUCCCGUCUGAGGUGGUCGACAUGGACGACGACAGCGACGCCGUGAAUGCUUCGUCUGGCGCACAGGCGAGGUCAGGAGCUCUCGGCGGCGAGGAGGGUACCUUGGGAGGUGCAAGAGGACAGCCCACUCGAUCCUCGCUGUCGUCAUCGGCAAAGAACAGGGGUGGCGAGAUGGAGCGCAGGGGUGAAGAGAAGCUGCUCGACGAGCGAAUCCGCGAGCGCUACCAGCAAGAGCUGGGCGACAUCUUUGACACCCGCGUCGUGCCAGCCUGAAGCGCGCGAGAAAGAGGAAAGAAGACGAAAGAGUAGCUCCCUGUCCUGUCCAACUGUACCAUACACACACCAACGAGACUUGCAGACAUGACAUUGAUUGAUCAAAAGAAUACAUUGAAGAUCACUCAUCCUCCUCGUCUGACGAGCCGAG